UUCGGCUCUUUUUCGCAUUCGGCUUAGCUUUUCAACUUUUUCCAAAAAUGUCACGCCCCAUUCCGCACUGGGCUCCAUUGGGUCAAAAGCAUGGGGUCACCCUGGCCACGUGUUGUCAUUGAUCGCGAGUGUUUCACAACACAACACAACACGUGUGAGUGAUGGUCAGUCAGCCUUACGUUAUUUCUCAUUUCUGACCUCGUCGGAUCCCAUCCAACUUUUGAAAUUUGAACCUCUGAGUGAAGUGAGCAGCUCUCUUGGGCGGCAAUAUGGCGCCUCUGUCUUCCGUGGCGUCUAUGAUGGGGCCCACGGAUGCCACGGAUGAUGCCACGGACUCGGACUUAUGGCGGGCUCGCCCUUGGAUUCAAGGGCACGGCCAACCUGUGACGGCCUUAGUGGGCUGGUUGGACGGGCAUUUAGUGGUGGCGGAAGCGGGCAGUCUCCGCUGUUUGGAUCUGAACCGCAAUCUGAGCCUGAGUUCGGCCUUGACCUUGGCCCCCGCCGAUGACCCCAUUCUCAGUCUGACCGUGCACGCCCCCUCCAGUCAAAUCUGGACCGCUCAUCGUUCGGGUCUGAUUCGUCACAGUCAAGGCCCCCAACUGACCUUAAUCCGCACCCUCAAAUCCGCCCACAUCGGGCCCAUCCCCUUUCUAGCCGUGGAUGCGGCCGGCUCAAAGCUGGCUUCGCUCUCCGUGGGUCAAUCAGCUUCGCUUCGAGUAUGGGAUUUGCCCGCCUACGCGGGUCAAAAAGCGGCUCGCGCACCCUCCCAUCAUCCCACAGCCAUGCUGCUGGAUCCCGCCGGUCAUUUGAACGUGGGCACGGUGCUGGGUCCUAUUCUCGUGUAUCGUUUGGAUGAGUUGGGUCGAGCCCCUCAAACCUUGGAACGACAUAAGUCGGGCGUGGCCGCAUUAGCGGCUAAUCGCUCGUGCUUGGUGGCGGCGGGUCGAGACCAGAUUUUGACAGUUUGGAGUCAGGAUAGUGGGACUUUGGUCCAUCUGAUUCCGGUCUUUGAAGACAUCCAAACCUUGGCCUUCAGUACGGCGGGUCGAUUAACCACGGGCGGUUCGCGCGGGCAAUUGCGGGGCUGGGAUUUAAGUUCAGGCCAAGAGAUGACGACCAUCACGGAUUUACCCACCUUGAAAGGUCGCGAUAUUAAAGCCUUGAAUUUCUCCGCCCAAGAUGAAUUACGGGUUUGGCAAGAGGAUCUGGUGUUCAGUCCCGAUCGCGUGCAAUGCUUGUUCCAAGAACCUCUCACGGAUUUGUGCUUGAUCACCGAAGGCCGGGAAGUGGUCUUGUCCACAAUGGAAAACGCUCUCAAGAUCAUGUCGGUCGAGUCUCUGACCGUCAAAGUGUUUGACACGCCCCAUCAAGAGGGCGUGGUGGCCUUAGCCGGCAACGCCUCCGGCGGUCGUCCCACUUUUGCCUCCUUGGGGAAACGACGCGAGAUCUUCGUGUGGCAACGUGAUGAUCAAACCAUUGAAGUCUUGGCCCAAUGCGUGAAUGCAGCUGCCAUUACGCAGACCUUCCUCCUCGACCGUCUAUUGUUCACGGGUGACGUGGAUGGGAUAUUGAAGACCUGGGCUUUAGAACCCGAUCAAACCGAGGCCAAGACCAUAGCCACCACUUUGUCCCAUGGGAAGGAGGUCAAAGCCAUCGAUGUCGACUCUAACCGAGGGUUGAUCUUGACCGCUUCCUUGGACAAGACGGCCAAGAUUUGGCGCGCCGAGGAUAUGCAACGCGUGGCCGCACUAUCCGGACAUCGUCGAGGCGUGAUUGCGGCCAAGUUCUCUCACUGUGAACCCCAGAUCAUCUCCUCCAGUUUGGACGGGGCGGUCAAGAUCUGGAAUAUUGGCCCCUAUGAUUGUGCUCGAACCUUGGAAGGAUUGCUUUCACCCGCGUGUGAUCUUUUGAUCCAUUCGCCCAAGACGUUGAUUUCAUUGUCUCUAGAUGGAGCCUUCACCAUAUGGAAGACCAACGAAAAUGCACCCAAGUUGGCUGCCUACAACCAUCAUGAAGCUCAAGCGUGGAAGAUGGUCCAAAUCGGGGACCAAAUCAUCUCUUGUGGAACCAACAAUCAGUUCCUCAUAUGGGACGAUAAUACCCAGAACAUCAAAUUGAAGAAGGAGCAGGAGCAAACCACUCAGAUCAAGCUAAUGCAGAGCUUAGACAAUGCUCUCAAGCAAGGGAAGUUGGAUAAGGCGGUUUUGGCCUGUUUGAGACUGAAGCAGACCCGGAAACUCCACGAGAUCCUGUCCAAUUGCCCGAAUCAGGUGCGAACCAAUCUGAUCCAACGGCUGCCGAGUAAAUAUUUGCAGAAUUUCUUGAAAUUCAGUAUUCACCUCAAUCAGAACACUCGCACGUUCCUCUUGGGACAAGAGAUCUUCUCCAUUCUAAUCGAUCGUGGUCAUGACUUGAGUCUCUUAGAAUCCGCUCAAAUCUACCAAUUUCUAUCUUUUUCACAGAAACAUUAUGAGCGAGUCUCCAAAGAACUAGCCAAAGUGAGCAUUGUUGACCUAUUACUAAAGAUUUGAAUACACACACGCUGGAUCCAAUGAAACCCGUUGGUGUGUGAUUUGUACUUGGUUUCCCGAUGCGAUUUAAAGUUUACCGUUGAAGCGUUCGAAAUCGUAAGAUACGUCCAAAAUUCAAAUGGCCAAACGCAGCGAAACCUGCCGAAGAAUUUUCAACUGCUUUAUUUUCUAGUUAUUCUCAGUCGGGUUCAACCCCAGGACUGCGGAAUGCACAUUCCUUGGGGUUUCGAGGCCAUCGUAAGACCAUAAUUUUUAACCCAAAACUUCAAAGUGUGCGGUCAAGACAGUUUUGAGAGUUGGCAACCUUAUUGCUUUGUACAGUUGGUUGCAAUUUUUCGUUCCACCAUUAGCGGUAUGCGUUUGAUAGAUUUUCCAAUCGCAAGUCCAAUCACUAUGUAAGAUUUGACCGUCUCGUACCGGAAAAGUGUCCUCGCAACACUCGAUCUGGUUACCGCUACAAGGAAUGUAAUCCCCAGUACUAUUAACAUGAAAGGUUAUAAUUCGUCAUUUUAUUACCUUUCAAUCUAUAUAUGAUAUUUAGUCUACCAACGAAUGUGAGUUGGCAGACCGAGCUAGUCUUUGAAUGUAGGGUUGAUCUGGAAUGCCAUCUUAAAAUUUGUCCAAGUCUGCCUUGAAAGAUGCUACCGGAUCAACAAGGCAUACGUAUUCCCUACGAAUAUCAGAGGGAAGCAAAUUAAACAAUGAAGGAGCCCGAAAAAGAAGAGAUGUGGACUUCAUUGCUUGACUACACUUGGGUCAGAGACAAUCAUAUGUUCUUGAAUUAUAACAAGUGCAGCUCGUAACGUUCGGAGGCUCUGCUGAUCUUUCCCCCCAUUUCACUGGACGACACAGAUGGCAAAAUUCAAAGAUUUUCGACCAUCACAGACAUAGACACAUUUGACGAGUACAUCCCAGCGAAAGCCGUCAAUCCCUUUCAAACUAGUGAAAACAUAUACCACGCGAUUAAAUCCAGAGACAUGACCACCUUGCUAACCUUGUACAAAUCUGUUGUCCAGUCCCAUCUCGAGUGUGCCUCCCCUGAGCUCCAGUGACCUCGUUUGCUCUACAAAUAGUAAAGAGGUCACAACGCUAUUUUACCCAAAACAUAAGUGGCAUGAAUCACUUUGGGUAUUGUGAUAGACUUAAACGUCUUCGACUGUACAGCAUAGAUGAAGAUAUGAGAAAUAUCUGAUUAUGAAUGCUUUCAAGGCAUUCAUGGCCAUUGUCCCAAUGCAAGGGAUCAUCUUCAGUCGCACUAACCCACGAGACAUUACGAGGCGAGGACCAAUCGAAUGCGAAUGGAGCUACUGAGCACGCCCGGAACAAAUAAUAGAUACUUUGUAUAUUGACCGUGGAAUUACAUCAAUUUUGACGAAUUCUUAGAAAACGGGUAUUUGGUAUGAUCUAAUUAAUUACGAUGCUCGUGUAUAAAUUUUAUAUUUCGAUGGGGUCUUACAAGCCUGACUCGCAAUUGCAGUCGGGGCAGAAUAAACGUGUGUUCUACUGA